AUGUCGCUCUCACGCUCUCCCUCCCCCCAGCGCGGCGGCGGCUGGUCGUCACCCGGUCUGAACACGCCUUACAACACGAGCGGCCGCUCGACGCCAAUGCGCGUGAACGCAAACACCAACGGCGGCGCACACAUCAGCUGGGCGUCUGCGCAGGCCAAGAGCGCCGAGGUGAAGGGUUAUCCGUCGUUCGCAACGCGGAACCAGGGCUUCUUCUCGCGACACAUGCGGCGGAUAUCGGCGAGUUUGCCGCGGUUUGAUGGCGGUAGGAAUGCGCGGUAUGCGGAGAAGGAGAAGUUGCAGCGGGGACGGUGGGGUGGCGGUGCGGGAAGGUGGAGUGGGAUCAUGGGCAGGAUUGGGAGGAUGAUGUGGAGGAUGCGGUUGCGGUUUGCGGUGCUGUUUGGAUUUUUCUUCCUUGUCGUAGCGUUUUAUGUGACUCCACUCCACCGCAUCUACCGGCGCGCCUCCUUCCUCGGCGGCGGCAGCAAGUUCGUGAUAAUCCAAGCCGCGAACCUGGGCGGCGGCGUUAUGGAGUGGAAAGGCCCUCGAGAAUGGGCGAUCGAGCGGGACAGUCUGAAGAAUAAGCGCAAGUACGCGAAGAAAUGGGGCUACGAGCUCGAGAUUGUGGACAUGAGCACCAAGAAGCGGUACGCGCACGAGUGGCGCGAGAGCUGGGAAAAGGUCGACACGAUCCGGAACGCGAUGCGCAAGUAUCCGGAUGCUGAGUGGUUCUGGUGGCUCGACCUCAACACCUUCAUAAUGGAGCCCUCCUACUCCCUCCAAUCGCACAUCUUCAACAACCUCGCCAAGACCACCUACCGCGACAUCAACGCCUACAACCCGCUCAACAUCACCCACCCCCUGACCUCCCCCUACCUCGACGCCGAAACCCGCUCCCCCAUCGGCGACGGCCUCGCCUCCUCCAUCAACAUCAUCGUCCCGCAAGACUGCUCCGGCUUCAACCUAGGCUCUUUUUUCGUGCGGCGCUCCGCCUGGACAGACCGGCUGUUGGACAUAUGGUGGGACCCCGUGUUCUACGAGCAGAAGCACAUGGAGUGGGAGCACAAAGAGCAGGACGCGCUCGAGCACCUGUAUGCGAGUCAGGCGUGGGUGAGGCCGCAUGUGGCGUUUAUCGAGCAACGGAUGAUCAACAGUUUCCCGCCGGGCGCGUGUGGCGAGAAGGGCGAGGAUCCGAGGAUACAUUACAAAGAGCAGGACAGGGAUUUUGUGGUUAAUAUGGCAGGCUGCGAGUGGGGGAGGGAUUGUUGGGGGGAGAUGUAUAACUAUCGGCAACUGAGUAACAAGCUCAACAGGAAUCGGUGGGAGAGGGUUAAGGAUUGGGUGAGCGAGUCGGUCAAAGCGGCGAAGGAGAAGAGGAAAGAGAACGAGGAGAAGAAGGGGGAGGAGAAGCAAGACGAAAGGAAAGGGUCUUGA